AUGCCUUCCAAUGCCACUAGAAAAUCAGGACGCAAAGGCAAACAGAAUGCCCGAGGAACACUUAGCCGUGUUGCUGCCGGCCGGAUUGAGCAACGUGAGAUUACUCCAAGAGUAUCGCCACUUGCAGCUGGUCCAAGUGGGGCAGAGGCUCCUGGAAUGACUGUCGAGUCCCUAACGCAGGUUAUGGCAGCCAUCAACAUGAUGUACGAUCGUACUGUCGAAGCCAACACUGGAAUUCGUUUUCUGGUCGAUGCUCACAACCAAGCCAUUGCCCAGCAAGCUCUUGUUGCAUCUUCUGUAACUCAGGGAGUAACUGCCGCCAAUGUGUCUACAAAUAGACACACCAAAGGCGAAAUGCGUGCAAUUGUUCUGAAUCUCAUCAAUGGGAGAAUGUGGGCGAGAAACUUCCGUUCGGAUGAUCCUGAGCUUGUUGCUGAAAACGAAAGCCGCAGGCGAUGGAACACUGAUGAGAGGAUCGAUCAUCCUGACAAUGUUGAGACAUGUUUUCGUGCUGUCAACGCAGCCCCCGAGCAAGCGUCUUCCAAAAGGCGCAAUAAUCGUAUCAACAGCCGUCGCAUUGAGCCAGGUAACCCUGAUGAGAUGGCAUACUUGCAUCUCCUCGAGAAGAGUGUGAUGUCUGAUGGUGAAUCGGAAGAUGAGGACGUCACUCCUAUAAUCCGUGUGCGGGUUUUGCAGGUUGCUCGUCCUAGUUGGAGAAGUGCUGAGCUGAAUAGGCUUAUUCAGUUCAUUGAUUUCUUGGCAGCAGAGAAUGACAAGAAGAUUGCAACACCACAAUCAAAGCAAAGAAUGCCCAGAUACCUAAAAACCAUUGCGGUCACUCCUGUCCCCGGUCACCUGACCGCGAUCCUUCCUGUCUGGGCAAUUCAAAACCAAUAA